AAGGUGCAAAAGAACAGAGGGAGAAAGUCCUAGUGAGGUGUGUAUACAAUUACUAUAGCCACAUAUAUACACACAGUAGUAGUUAAAGUCUUAAAGAUUAGAAUAAGAUCAGUGAUGGAGAGAAAGUUCAUUUCAGUAGUUGUUUUGGGAGUAUGUUUGGUGCUGGGAAUGUCCCAAUAUGUUGAUGCAAGGAACUUGGAGAAAAAAUCAAAGGAAGAGGUGAAGAAGCCAGAAUCGUGCUUAGAUGGAGGGUCCAUUGGUGGUGUUGGUGGCAUUGGCGGCAUUGGCGGUGCUGGUGGAGGUGGUGGUGGUUUAGGAGGUGGCUAUGGAGGAGGAGCUGGUGGUGAUAGUGGUUUAGGUGGUGGAUAUGGAGGAGGAGCAGGAGGUGGUGGAGUUGGAGGACUUGGAGGUGGUAGUGGUCUUGGUGGUGGUUAUGGAGGAGGAAGUGGUCUAGGUGGUGGAAUUGGUGGAGGCAUUUACAAAGGAAUAGGAAUUGGAGGAGGCAUUUACAAAGGAAUUGGAAUUGGAGGAGGCAUUUACAAAGGCAUUGGUGGUGGUGUAGGUGCUAUAGGUGGUGUUGGUGGUGUCAUUGGUGGUUUCAAGCAUGUUGAAGCCAAAAAGCCUUGAAAAAUCAAUCAACUAAGGAGUUAAUUACGUACGUUCAAUAAUUCCAGAUUUGUGAUGAUCAUAGUAAUCAUUAGUGUUUCAUUUUUACAGUUAUGGUUUGCUAUUGUUAAAUUUGUUUCCUUUUUCUAGCUAAUAUGUUCUGUACCACAAAUAAGUUCACGUAUGUACGUAGCUACGUGUAUGCUAGCUCAAUUUCAUUUGAUGCAGAAGAUCCCAAAAAUUACCCAUGUCAUUCUACAAUAUUGUAUGUGUUAUAUAUAUGCCAUAUCUUACGACUUGUAAUUCGAGUGAAUUAUUGUUACUAAAUAUAUGAGAAUAUAUGUCUCUGCUUGUAUAA